CGUGCGACGACGCCGGUUCAUAACGUGUUUUACGUAAAAUAAUAUCGAUUCUCGUUGCAACUAUCGAUCGGCUAUGCACUUCACUACAACUCGUUUUCCCGCGCAAGUUUAAUUUUCGAACCUUCUUACCUACGUCGCGUGUGUUGUGUUUUUUUGUUUUUUUUAUUUAUUUGUGACUUGAGACCUUGGAUUUUAUGUGAAUACCAAAUUACUACGAGCACAGGUCUUACAAGACAUCAAGAGCUACCGUGGUCGCAAACCCCUCGGCACCGGUGUCCCCGGGGGUCCGAACGUGCCCGGCGUGCCCGGCCUGAGUCCCGGCGUGCCCGCCGCGGCAUCCCCCAGCCCCGCCCCCCAAGCGCCAGCCGCGCCCAGCCCAGCCCCCGCUACCACAGCAGGCAUGAAGCAGGAACACCCCAGCCAGCCCAUGGCGCCCAUGCCGUUCUACGCCGGCGAUCCCAACAGAUUUCCCACAGCAUGGCAGACGGACCCCUCACAAGGUUGGCAGAAUCAGUUCAUCCAGCAGCUUCCAACACAAACCAGCCAAACGACGUUAGACUAUCAAGGCAAUCAUACAGCAUACGCCACGUCACCUCACUACCAAGCUAACACAACCUACGCCGUCCAAAACGUCGCCACUACCUUCGAUGUUACGAACAACACGUACUACCAAACGGGAGUCCAGUCAGUUCCUACUCAAAGACCACCCUCGACCAAUCGUGGGGUGUACACGCCAGUUCCAUCGCCUAGAGCACCGCAUUACACAACCGAAUAUCAGCAGCAGUACGCACAGCAAGCUCCCACACCGGGUGGGACAACUGGAAAUGAUUCCAGACCAGCAUCUGCAGCUUCUUUCCAAAACUCAGUGCCAACUACAUCAGCACCCGUAUAUACAGUUAGUCAACAAAACUACGAACGCACUGAAUAUAAUACAGAACACACAGAAGAAUAUACGAACCAGGAGAAUGGCACAGGCGAUACAAGUAAUGAAGGGGAGAGACAGGAACAAAAUACACCUAAUGGACAGCAUUCGGGAAACGCCGAGCCUGGGUACCUGCAGGGGAGCAACGGUCCGCGAGCUUCACUCGAUUGUAGCGGGUACCCGGGCGGCUACAAUAGCGGGCAAUACAGAGAAAAUGCUCAGACGCAAAAUCAAAACGAAUGGCAACAGCGUCAGUGGCAGCAUAACCAAAGAAUUCAGAAUCAACAAAUGCAAAACCAGCAGCAAAUACAAAAUCAACAAUUACAGAACCAACAACAAAUGCAGAAUCAGCAACAACAAAUUCAGAAUCAGCAGCAAAUUCAAAAUCAACAACUACAGAAUCAGCAACAAUUACAAAACCAACAACAACAAAUGCAAAACCAACAACAGCAAAUUCAAAAUCAAUUACAAAACCAGCAGAUGCAAAAUCAACAAAUGCAACAACAAAGGCAAGAAGAAUCGGAUCAACAGAUGUUCUCACAAUCAGACAGGGUUAAUUUGAACUCGAGACUGAAAACGAUGAUAUUAAAUAAACAGAAUCAUACUCGGGAUGGCACUAAUUCGCCACCUGAUAAAGGGGAUCCUGGGGAAGGACCGCCUCGUGUAAUAGAUGAUAGGAAAGGCGGGGUACUCUCCGUCAACGAUGACAGGAAUAAUACCGGUCAUUUUUUAUCGUAUAGCCACCAUCUCCGAGAUAAUUACCGCUUAGGCGAACAGGUAUAUCCUGUCGCUGGUAAUUAUUCACAAAACGCUCAUGCUUACGGCGUGAACGAAUUCGGAGGUGGUGGCCACCACGUAUGGGAGGGGGGGACAGAUGUCUCGAAAGGUUAUGAUAAACAAGUUACAACAAAAAAUGUAUCUAAAACUCAUCAAAAAUUACCGCCUUAUUCGGAUAUGAGAAGUCAAUUUAGCACGUACUCAAAUACACCAUAUGAAGGCCAAAAAUUUGCAGAAAUAUGCGGUAAUGAUAGUAAUUACAAUCAACAAGAUAGUAAAGAUUUUCAGUCAAAGAUGCUCAUUGGACCUGUAUCGGAAAUGAAUCAACAAAUAAAUAAUCCAACUAGAGACACAAAUCCACAAAGAAAACCUUAUGAUAAUAGAGAAACCUAUGAUCCUAAAUUCAGACAUCCAUCGGCUCCUUUAAUACCAAAAUUAGAAGCACCAGAUAACUACCAAUAUCAUAAAGACGAAAGGUUAAUGGAAAAUGACAACAACUCAAUAAAUCAUAACAACUUGUAUCCAAAACAAAAUGAUCAGGCUUUAGUUAAUUCUUAUAAAGAAUAUCCAAAUGGUAUGGCUGCUAGAUCUCAACAAUUACCACCAAUUUCAACAAUUAAACAAGAAAACUUUGGGUCGAAAUCACAGAGCUUCCAGAAUUUUCAAAACAACUUUGGAGGUUACGAGCGAGCCCCGGAUCCAUCAGAAACAUAUCCUCAUACUCCCAGGCUGCAAGAAAAUAUGGGCUUUCAAAAAUACAAUAGGAGUUAUAAUGAUUUAAAAGCAAUCAAGGCGUCAGAGAUCAGAGUAAAUUCAGAUAGAAAUACUUCGGUAGAUCCAAAACCGCCAUACUACAUAGAACAAAUAAAAUCAGAGCAUUCUCCACCUGGACACAAAAUAUACAAAAAUAUCUGUUACAAUCUGCCGCCAAGAAAUGAACCUUACUUAUUUCGGGGUGACGGUGGCCCAGUUAUUUUUAGAAAUGAAGUGGGAUACUCUUGUUGCCGUCAAGGCUCUACAAAGAAGCCUCCACCAGAACAUUUGAGAGAUGGCGCAUGUCCAGGGUUUCAAACCAAAGAUGAAAUUAUAGAAGAUGAACCCGAACAAACUGAUAAGGACUCGAAAAAUCCAUCGAAACCAAGCACUCCAAUUCCAGACCCAAUAGUAAAGAAUUCCAAAGAGAACCAGUUUAAUUAUUCAAAAGAGUAUCUGGAGAAUUUGGAGAAGUUAAGAAUUAAUUCUAGAACCGAAGUGCCUGAUUGUAAUUGUUUUCCGGCGGACAAGAAUCCUCCAGAACCUGGAAGUUAUUAUACUCAUUUAGGAGCCGCAACAUCUCUAGUAGAACUAAGGAAAGAUCUAGAAACCCGAACAGGGCUAUCUGGUAAAGAGUUAAGGAUAGAAAAGGUCUGCUACACUGGCAAAGAAGGGAAGUCUCCUCAGGGUUGCCCUAUGGCAAAGUGGGUGAUAAGGCGGUCUAAUUACACAGAGAAGGUACUAGUUGUUGUGAAGUAUAGAAACGGGCACAAAUGCGCAACAUCCUGGAUUGUAGUUUGCCUCGUCGCCUGGGAGGGUAUCCCUCAAUCGGAAGCAGAUUUGGACUACACCUUAUUAUCACACAAACUAAACAGAUACGGUUUGCCAACUACUAGAAGAUGCGCUACAAAUGAAAACCGUACUUGUGCUUGUCAGGGGUUGGACCCCGAGACAUGCGGCGCGUCCUACAGUUUCGGCUGCUCCUGGUCCAUGUAUUACAAUGGAUGCAAGUACGCCCGUUCGAAAACCGUCCGCAAGUUUCGACUUUCGGUCAAAAGUGAGGAGAGCGAAAUCGAGGAGCGCAUGCAUGUGCUGGCAACACUGCUCAGCCCGCUGUACAUGAAUCUAGCGCCCAAGUCAUUUGAGAACCAAUGUCAGUUUGAGAAGGAGGCCUCCGAUUGCAGACUGGGAUUUAAGCCAGGGCGACCGUUUUCUGGCGUGACGGCGUGUAUAGACUUCUGCGCACACGCGCACCGCGACUUGCAUAAUAUGCACAACGGGUGCACGGCGGUGGUGACGCUGGGCCGUCACCGCGGGCUGCAGCGCGCGCCCGACGAGCAGCUGCACGUGCUGCCGCUGUACGUGCUCGACGCCACCGACGAGUUCGGCUCCAAGCAGGGCCAGGACGAGAAGGUCGCCAGCGGCGCGCUCGACGUCCUCAACAAAUAUCCUAUGGAAGUCCGAGUUCGAUCUGUGCCGUUACAACCAUGCAGACGUCACGGCAAGAAGCGAAAAGACGAGGAAAACACUGACAGCAACAAUUCGACCAACGGCACACAACAGAAUCCUAACAAUAAUCAAAAGAAAUCCCAACAGUGCUCCACCACGGCCCCCAGAACUCCACAGCCAGCUGACGCACGCAACAACGCCAGCCCACGAAGCCAAAGCAGCGCCUCCCCUAGGGCACACACACCAGCAUUGAACCAGUCAAAUCCUUCAGCGUUUACAAAUAACUCACAAUAUAACUCUGCUUUUGUCAAUCCAUCAAAUAUGCACAAUCAGAACUCCAGUAUUAUGAACCCAAACUUAGGAAACCCAGCCUUACUAGAUAUGGCAACCAUGAUCGACAAUUUCACCGAUGCACAAUUGCAAAGCAAUCAGAUAUCUAGUACGGUUUUAGACUCCCCGUAUAAUCCAUAUGACCAAAGUUACAAUAUUCAUCAUCAGAAUUCUAUGUACAAUCAAAAUCCUGUGCAGCCGAUGGUCGAAGGUUGUCAAAAUAAUAAUCCAAAUCAGCUGCCGAGUUUUGCAGCCGGCUUACAAAAAAGGAACCAUCCGUUCAACAAUAUCACGGGACAAAUGAACGUCCCACAUAAUCAGUGGCCAGAUUUCCCUAAUACUGAAAUGUUUAACAAUGUUGUGAAAGAAGAUCCUGACUCUACCACGGCGCAUCUAAAUGUUCCACCAAAUUAUAGCCCUGAUUCAAAUAGAAGCGAAACUAAUUCGGACCAAUUAUCACAGAAAAAUGUUGUCGAACCUGAAAAGCAGAAUAUUCUUACGGGCGAUAUGUCUAACAAAAUACCCGAAUUCGAUAUGCCCAAUUCGCCGAGGCUCACAGAAAUAUCACAAAACAUACAAAACACCCCUGAGUCCCCUGCGCCAUCACAAGGCUCAGAAUUAAAAUCUCCAAGUAAUGACCUAUUAAAUAGUUCUCCAGAUAUUCGUAAAAGUGUAUGGAAAUCUCCUGACUCUAAGAGUUGGGAUGCGAAACCAAAGGAUCAACUGACCCCUGAAAAUGAAAAUUCACUAUUUAGAGUUCCUAAAGCCAGACCUCCUUCUAGAUCACAACACCCACCUGACGGUAUUGAGAAUUCGACGUUUUUAAAGCCUUAUCCACCAUCAGAUAGACCUCACUUAAACCAAGGAUAUGAGCAUAGAAAUCCGUAUAAUAAUAGCACACCCAACAAUACUGUACCUCAAACAUCAACCUCGCAAACAAACUUUACCAUAAGCCAUGAUGAAAUUAAUCAAAAUAUGGCAGUGGUGAAUAAACCUUCAAAUGAAUUUUCUGGAAAUAAUUUCCAUUCUGUUAAUCAAAAUACUUACCCUAAUCAGACUCCAAUUCAGGGUUAUGGUAACUAUCCCCAGGUGCCCAACGCGUACCCGUUCCCAGCAAAUCCUUACGGGCACUUUAAUCCUUAUGAGAACACGUAUAACGACUAUAACAGUUUAGCUUAUUAUAAUGCCGAAAAAUAUAAAAGAGAAGAACUUUUGAGAAAUUCGCACUGCUAUAAUUCAUAUGGAUACCAGUAUAAUCCCAAUUUCACGCCGAAUUUUUACCAGAACCCAAACCCGAACUGGUGUCAAUCGUCGCCUAACUGGUGCUUAUAUCCACCGCCAUUCUCCAUUCCUUAUCCACCUGAACCACCAAAAGCAGAACCAAUCGGUGAAGUAACGGAUUUUACUGACAACUUAGAGUGUUUCAAAGACAGCCAAAUGGGAGGAGUAGCCAUAGCAUUAGGGCAUGGAAGCGUAUUGUUCGAAUGUGCAAAACAUGAAAUGCAUUCUACAACAGCUGUAAAAAAUCCGAACAGAAUAAAUCCAACAAGGAUUUCUUUGGUUUUUUAUCAGCAUAGAAAUUUAAAUCGUCCUAAACAUGGUCUCGAGGAGUGGGAAGAGAAGAUGCGAUUAAAGAAAUUAGGUUUAACCCCGACUACACCGAAUGCGGCCGGACAAAAUUCAAACUCUGCUUCGCCAGCUACUACACCAGGUCCGGAGCAGAGACAAACGCCGAUAUCGGAAAAAUGGAAGAAUAAUGAAGAUACGAUACCUGGAGGUUAUACCUCCUUAGCGGCUUUAGUAGAAGCUACUAAUGCUGCGAAGAAAAAAGGCCAACUAAUGCUGAGAACAGAGACGCAGACGACGAUGUCAUGGACGACAUUAUUCCCAAUGCAUCCGUGCACCGUUACGGGUCCGUACCAGGAGUCGGCCACCUGACGUCAGCCAUCCGCCUCGGCGUCGUCCGCAUGACGUCAUCCCGGCGCCUCUGCUUGACACUAGCUCUAGGUGACAACGCGUCGCACGCCUGAUACCGACUUCGACACAAUGGAGUCGAAGUCCCUUCCGUAGUUUGUAAGGUCUAUGUUGCCUUUCAAUAUGUAGAAUUUCUAAUCGUUGAUUAGAGCCAUGUGCUUUCCAAAUGUUCUGUAGUUCCUGAAUUCGUAAAAUUAAGAUUCGAAUAAUCGUCGGAACGGAACUGUCCAAUGUGCUAUAAAUUUCCCGUGAGAUUCCUUUAUGCAUUUACAUUGGAAUUGAAUACCGUUUUAACGUAGUAUUUUUAAAGUAUACCGAGUGAGUUUUUAAUCAAAGAUGUAACUUUAAGUUUUAUAGUGUUUAUCGCAUUUCAGCUAGUCUUACGUUAUUGCGUUAGUAUCGAUUGUGUAUUGUCGAAGUGACCGUAAUUGUGUAGAAUUUUUUGUAUAUUCUUGUCGUAAUUUUAGUUACUACCGGUGUUGACUUGAUGACCUUUUGGGAAUUUAGUUUAAUUAAUUUUAUAUUCUGUGUACUGUAUAAAAUACUGACUUUAGUAUGUUUUAUCUGCAUAUUUUGUCGAAGUUCUCUAAUUAAGCGCAUAAUAAAGUUUUUGUGCGAUGCAUUGAUCUCAUAAACUACUAACCCUACAUAAUAUGUAACCGUAUUCAGAACAAAAGUACAAAACAUCACAUCAAAAGCUUGUUCGUAGAUGAAUCGUGGGUCGACGGACGUAUUCGGCAAAUGUGUUUCUUGAUAUUUUUGUACCUUUGUCUGUGUAUUAGUUGUUUAUUUUAUUGUAUUAUUAACUAUCAUUCCUCCGUGUUUCGAUAUUUGUUUUGGCGUAUUAUUUGCGUUAGUUGACAUAAAUCAUGGCGGUAACGCGACAUGUAUUUGCCACAAACAUAUGAGUGCUUUUCUAUUAGGUUAAGAUGUGUGUAUUUUUAACUUUCUAGAAUAUUUAACUUAUUUAUAUUGUAUUACGUGAACCAUUAUCGAAUCAUUUUCUUUGUAAUAAUUUAGUGUUACUGUAGACUUUAAUAUUUAAUAUAUUUGCUUUAUGACUCGACAUUAAAUUAUUGCAGUUGUUUUAUGCAUGUUUCAAGUUAGCCUUCUUUACUUUCAACUCGAGUGCCUGUAUGUUUGGCCAUAACGGAAUCUGCGUUGAUAUUAUGAUUUGAAUCUUGUUUGCCCAUUUUCAAUUAAUAUGUGACCUUACUUUUUAAAGUCAACAAGUCUUGUCUAAUUUUGCGGUGUUUAUUAUUUUGUAUACUAGAUGCAUAACAAUAAAAAGACGAUGAAAGUACAUUUAUAAGAAUAUUAUACGUGCGAGGAAAAAAAGUAAUUUUUUCAGGCGCUUGGAAAGAUUAUAAAGUAGGCAUAUUAUUGAAAAUGAAUGAAAACAUACUGAUGAAUAGUUAUUAAUAUAUAAUUAGGUUAAGGAAAAGUUUGUUUUAAAGAUUAAACUAUUGAUAUAGUUUAUAUUUUUUACGUGUACCUAUUUAUUGAAUGGUAAAUUUAUUGGGACGGACGUGAAAUUAUUUAUAAGUAAAUGCAAGUUUUGUGAGCAAAACUUAUAAAAACUAAGCAAUAAUAGACAUCGGGGUCUAUGUACAUUGUAACGUAGGAGUGAAACUAUAAUUAACGAAUGGUGCGAUACGUCGUCGAUCUUAUGCAAUUGCUUCAUAUUUGGUAUGUAACGAAAUUUGCCUAAAUUGUAAUUCGGAUAUUAUUUAUGUACAUUGGUAAAAUGCCCUUAAAUUUCUUGCCAGUAAACUAGCUGCCAACAAAAUUGUUAAUUCCUCAUCGAUGCAUUGUGUGACUAGACAUAUCAAAGGCAGUCGUAAUGUUUUAAAAAUCAUAUUGUGAAUAUAUAAAAUCAUACCUAUUGUAAUAUUGACCGAUAGGCAUUCAGCAUCAAUAUAUUGAAAUCAUUUUUGUUAUAUACACUUUUAAAAGAGGGAAUUUUUAACACCAAUAAAUUUUGUAAAGUAAACAUUUGUGGAUGAGCAUCGGUCUUUUUAAGGGAAUUGUAUCAUUUAGGGUCACACUAGAAACCUGUGAUAUAACCAUUAACUCACGAGUGCUUGACUGCUUGUAUGUUUGACUGUCUUCAUCAUUUGGAGAUUGAUGCAGUAGAAUAGCUUUCAAACCAAAAACGACCAGUAUUGUCAAUACCUAUGUUAUAACCAAAAAUAUUUGAAAUACGUUAGUUACGUUGCUCGUUUGUAUCGAAAGUGGGUAGUAUUACCAAUGUGAGUGUUUUUUUUACAUAUAUAAGGCGGACGCCAUGUUCGUCGCGUUCAAGUUACGGCGAACCUAUUGUAUAACAAUAUUUUCAUUGUCUUCUGCCAAAACAAAAGAGUAAUCGAAUGUGUCAUGUAAAUAGAACUACCAUUAUUUAUUAAUACAAUAAUU